AAAAAUUUGCAGACAAAAAGUCACUUGCCCACCAGCCAUCCUUCUCUCACUUCUUCUCAUUCAAAUUAUAAAAGCAGUUAAAUCUCCCCUUUCCCACCCUCUCUUCUUCUGCACCAUAAACAAACGUUUAAAACACCCCAUCUAAAAUUCCAUUUCUCUGCACUAACAUCAUGGCCUAGCUGUGUUUCUUGGAUCCGGAGAUUCUGGGUUUCUUUCUCAUUUGUUUAAACAUUUAACAUUUUUAUUUUUUAUUUUUUAAAUUCUCAUAGCCCACCAGACAUGAUUUGGUUUCUCUUAGUGUUAAUUCGUUAUUUUAUUUGUCCUCCCCUAGGCUCCCUUAAUCCCUCCCUCGGUCUCGUUUUGUGUUGUUCUUCUCAUUGGAGUUUGUAGCAUAGGAUAGCUGUAAUGCCUGUAUAUCCAUGGAACCUUUUCUCUUCUCUAAUCCUUUGUUUUUCCAUUUUAUUUCACUUCCCUUUCACACUUUUCGCUGUAAAUCAACAAGGUGAAGCUCUUCUUUCAUGGAAGGGAACCUGGAAGGGAGCUCUCUAUGAGUUAAGUAAUUGGGAUUCCAGGGAUGAUACUCCAUGUGGGUGGUUUGGAGUUAUCUGCAACUUCAACAGUGAUGUUGUGGAAUUGAAUUUGAGGAAUGUUGACUUGUUUGGAAGUGUUCCCUCUAAUUUCAGCUCAUUGUUAACCUUGAAUAAGUUCGUUCUAUCUGGAACAAAUCUCACUGGUUCGAUCCCAAAACAGAUUGCUUCUCUUACCCAAUUGAACUACCUAGACUUGAGUGAAAAUGCCUUAACUGGUGAAAUCCCUAGUGAGAUUUGCAGCUUGUUGAAGCUUCAAGAACUCCAUCUCAAUUCCAAUCAACUAAAGGGUGCCAUUCCAGUUCAAAUUGGGAACCUCACGAGCUUGAAGCAGCUAAUAUUGUACGACAAUCAACUCAGCGAUGGAAUUCCGAGUUCGAUAGGGAAAUUAAAGAAUCUUGAAGCGAUUAGAGCUGGUGGAAAUAAGAAUCUUGGAGGCUCCUUACCAGUAGAAAUCGGUGACUGCACCAAUUUGGUAAUGAUAGGCCUUGCAGAAACUAGCAUUUCAGGCUUCCUUCCAUCAAGCAUUGGCCUUCUGAAAAAAAUCCAAACAAUUGCUAUCUACACCGCUCUUCUCUCCGGCCAAAUCCCACCAGAAAUAGGCGAUUGCACUGAGCUUCAAUACCUUUACUUGUAUGAAAACUCCCUCACCGGAUCAAUACCCAGCAAACUCGGCAACCUUAAAAAUCUUGUCGACUUGUUUCUCUGGCAAAACAACCUCGUUGGAAUCAUUCCUCCCGAGCUUGGCAACUGCAAUCAAUUAGUUAUCAUCGAUGUAUCGAUGAAUUCAUUAACCGGAAGCAUACCCGAAUCAUUUGGCAAUCUCACCGAAUUGCAGGAACUCCAACUUAGUGUCAAUCAAAUCUCGGGCGAAAUUCCGGUUCAAAUUGGAAACUGUGAGAAGCUCACUCACAUCGAGCUAGACAACAAUCAGAUCACAGGUGCGAUUCCUUCAGAGUUGGGCAAUUUAUCAAAUUUAACUCUUCUAUUUCUCUGGCGCAACAAGCUUGAAGGUGAGAUACCUCCCUCCAUUUCCAACUGUCAAAAUCUGGAAGCCAUUGAUUUUUCUCAAAACGGAUUAACGGGUCCUAUUCCCAAAGGAAUUUUCCAGCUCAAGAAACUCAACAAACUUUUACUUCUCUCCAACAAUAUCUCUGGUGUUAUCCCGCCAGAGAUUGGGAACUGCUCCUCAUUGAUUCGUUUUCGUGCCAGUAGCAAUAUGUUGACCGGAUUCAUUCCUCCGGAGACAGGAAAUUUGAAGAAUUUGAACUUCUUAGAUCUCAGUUCAAACAGGUUGACCGGAAUUAUUCCAGGAGAAAUAUCUGGGUGUGGAAAUUUGACUUUUCUUGACUUGCAUUCCAAUUCGAUUGCUGGAAACUUGCCGACAAGUUUAAGUCAGCUUGCUUCAUUGCAAUUUGUUGAUUUUUCGAAUAAUUUGAUUGAAGGGACAUUGAGUCCGAAUCUCGGAUCACUGAGUUCACUCACCAAACUCGUCUUGAGUAAGAACAGGUUGUCAGGUUCCAUUCCGAGUCAACUUGGUUCGUGUGUCAAGCUACAGUUAUUAGACCUUAGCAGUAACCAGCUUUCAGGGAGCAUCCCGGCGAGUUUGGGGAAGAUUCCGGCUCUUGAAAUUGCUCUGAACCUGAGCUGCAACCAGCUUUCCGGAGAUAUUCCUUCAGAACUCGCGGGUUUGGACAAACUCGGGGUCCUCGACAUAUCACAUAAUCAGCUCACUGGUGACCUUCAUUUUCUCGCCGAGUUGGAAAAUCUGGUAGUGCUUAAUGUCUCGCACAACAAAUUCUCCGGGCGCGUGCCCGACACGCCAUUCUUCGCAAAGCUGCCUCUCAGCGUCCUUGCGGGAAAUCCGGCACUCUGUUUCUCAGGCAACCAGUGCGCGGAUUCUUCUUCAAACGGGGGCAGCGCGUCCAAACACGCUAAAGCAGCGCGUGUGGUCAUGGUGGUACUUCUAUUCGCCGCAUGUGCGCUGCUUCUGGCGGCGCUGUACAUCAUCGUGGGACCGAAAAUGCAGGGCUUAUGUGGGUCCCGCGGCAACCAGGGUGAUGACGAUGUGGAAUUAGGCCCACCUUGGGAGCUGACACUGUACAACAAACUCGACUUGUCAAUUGCUGACGUGGCAAAAAGCCUUACAGCUGGAAACAUCGUUGGGCGCGGACGAACCGGUGUCGUUUACAAGGUGACUCUUCCUUCAGGAUUAACAGUUGCAGUGAAAAGGUUUCGGGCAUCGGAUAAAAUAUCCACAGGGGCAUUUUCUUCAGAGAUUGCCACAUUGGCCAGAAUUCGACACCGAAAUAUCGUCAGACUAUUGGGGUGGGGAGCCAACAGAAAAACGAAACUGUUAUUCUACGACUAUAUGCCAAACGGGACUUUAGGCGCCUUAUUACACGACGGCGAGUGCGGUGGGUCAUUGGAGUGGGACACACGGUUCAAGAUAGCAUUGAGUGUGGCCGAGGGGCUAAGUUACUUACACCAUGACUGUGUACCAGCUAUCUUGCACCGAGACGUAAAAGCGCAAAAUAUCCUGUUAGGGGACCAGUACGAGUCGUGCUUGGCGGAUUUCGGGUUAGCCAGAUUGGUCGAGGAUGAUAAUGGCGGUUCGUUUACGGCAAACCCACAAUUCGCUGGGUCCUACGGCUACAUUGCCCCGGAAUAUGCCAACAUGAUGAAGAUCAGUGAGAAGAGUGAUGUGUAUAGCUAUGGAGUGGUGCUUUUAGAGAUCAUAACUGGGAAAAGGCCGGUGGAUCCAUCAUUCCCCGAUGGACAUCACGUUAUUCAAUGGGUUCGAGACCAUCUGAAGAGCAAAAAAGACCCAGUUGAAAUUCUUGAUCCUAAACUACAGGGCCAUCCAGACUCGCAGGUACAAGAAAUGCUACAAGCAUUAGGAAUCGCCUUGCUUUGUACUAGCUAUCGUGGAGAAGAUCGUCCCACAAUGAAAGAUGUGGCAGCAUUAUUGAGGGAAAUUCGACAAGAACCUCCCACAGGAAGCGAGCCCCACAAGCCCACCAGCAAUGUUCCCAAAAAGAUUGAUCAAGCUCCAACAAAUUCGUCAUCUUCGGUGACCCCAGCUCAAUUGUUGCUCAUUCAAGGAUCUUCUAAUUGCUCUCUUGCUUAUUCAUCUUCUUCGUCGGCUAGUUAUAUCUCAAGAAAGCAACAACUAUGCGAUUAUUAUCAGAGUAAUGAUGAAAAUUAAAAUUAAUUAUUUCUAAUAUGAAUCCAUUUUUGGAUUAGUCUGAAGUGCAAGUGUUGUAAAAAUGUAGUUAGUUGAAAUCACUCUUAUAAUCUUAAAGUAAGAACUUGUAUUCAAUAUUUAGUUUUUAGUUGUGAUUCUCUUAAUAAUCGUAUUAUUUAACAUAAUAGUCA